GGUCGGGCCUCUGUAAGCGGAUUUGAUCUGGUUCUGUGCAGGGUGUUUGUGGGCUCUGUGGUGAAACCUCAUGCUGGACCUGAACCCUGUUGUGAUUAUCCGCGCAAAACUCCUGGUUGCUAAAGAAUGUGCCUAAGUCUCUGCAUGUGACGCUGUUACAUGACGCGUUGGGGAAGUGGGACGACCAGGAUUAGCCUUUUAUAAUUAAAGGCCAGUCUGGUUAUUAUGUCUCUUUUUGCAGCAACAAUUUAUAUUAUGAAUAUUUAUUGUUGUGUAAAAGAAGAGACUCAUUUUGCACUGGUGGCUUUGUAAUGUAGGUUUUCUAAACUAACUAACUAAAGAGUAUGUUCUUUUAAAGCAGUGCACGUUGCUUCUUAACUCUAAAUCUGUUAUGUAAAUGUUAUUGAGCGCUCAGUUGUUCAUAAAGAAAACCCAACAGGCCUUGGUCUGAUCUUACAAAGAUGCAUUGACCCCCAGUGUCUGGUUUACAACAACAGCCUUUCAUCUAUAGACGCUGGAAUGAGGCCAAACUAAGCUGAUGCUAUUGUGCGCUGAGAACGUGGGGGCUGCGUGUUCUGUCCGGCGUCUCUGCUGACGGACAGAACGCCGGCAGAAAACCCGCUCAGGGCUCUGAGGGGUCGGUCGGGCCUCACAGAGGUGGAGACAAACACGCAGGUUCACGUGCCUGCGCUUAAAGCCCGCGUCCGACCCCCUCUCGCCUGCAUUCCCGACUCCAGUCCAGCGCUUCGUCAGGACGCGGACGCACUGUUUCACCCUGGUCAGUUCGGAGGAGCCGAAACAGAGGCCGCCUGAAGGAUUCGGGGGGGGAUUCGACUAACGAGGAACCCGGCCGUGUUACUUCCAGUGGCCCGAGCAGAGAGGAGGCCUCCCCGUCAGAUGGCUGCUCCCAGACCAGCUGGAGACGCCUGAGGACGAAUCGAGCCGCGGGCGUCGAAUCAGCAGGAGGUCGCUCAUUGUUUUGGGGAAGACCUCAUCGGCGUGAGAUGGAACCGCCGGCAGACGGUCCACGCGUGCGCUCGGACAGCGCCGGUAGCUCGGCGUCCCAGGGCUCCAGGACCAAAGUGCUGCUCCGCCAGCGCUUGUCCCAGCUGCUGACCUGCAUAGAGGACAUGAGCUCUGACGACGAGGCCAACGAGGAAGUGUCGCGCACGCUGGACGAAGCCUUUCAGCUCUGUGGACGCUUCGUCCCCACAGACGCAUUCAGGCUGCACAUAGUGACCUGGAACGUAGGCACAGCUGAGCCUCCUGAAGACGUGACCUCUCUGCUGACCCCCGACGUCCAACCCUCCACAGACCUUUAUGUGAUUGGCCUGCAGGAGGUGAGAGCCACGCCGCUCAAGUACAUCUCAGACCUGCUGUCGGACGACUCCUGGAGCCACGCUUUCACAGACGCGCUGGCGCCCAGAGGCUUAGUGAAGGUGGCAUCACUGAGGAUGCAGGGUUUGCUCCUGCUCGUCUUUGCCAAACACCUUCACCUCCCCUUCAUCAGGAACGUCCAGACCACCUACACCCGAACCGGCAUCUUCGGCUACUGGGGAAAUAAAGGAGCAGUGUCCGUGCGUUUCUCCUUCUACGGCCACAUGCUGUGUUUCCUCAACUGCCACCUGGCAGCGCACAUGAACUACGCUCUGCAGCGCGUCGACGACUUCGAGUACAUCCUGGAGACCCAAGACUUCGACCUGUUCGAGACGCCGCGGGUGCGCGACCACAGGGCCGCGUUCUGCUUCGGGGACCUGAACUUCCGCAUCGCCGACCACGGCCUGCACUUCCUCCGCUCGUCCAUCGACAGCGGACGCCUCCACCUGCUGUGGGGCAAAGAUCAGCUCAUCUCCAUGAAGAAGAAGGAGCCUUUCCUGCAGGAAUUUGAGGAAGGGCCAUUAAAUUUUAAACCCACCUACAAGUUCACCAGAAACUCUGACACAUAUGACACCAGCUCUUCAAAGACAUGGUUGGGUUUUAAUGGCAAGAAAAGGAAACCCGCUUGGACUGAUCGCGUGCUCUGGCGCAUAAAACCCAAAAGUCCACCUUCAGACGAGGAGGACGAGAAGGCGUCGACGUCUACUGACGACGGACUGGAUGAAUACCCGCUUCUGGUCACGCAGGAGAAGUACACAAGCGACAUGAGCUACGGAGUCAGUGAUCACAAGCCUGUCGUUGCAACCUUCAGCCUGGAGCUGAGGAAGUACUUUGACACACAACUGGUGCACGUGUCCUCUGUGGGAGUGUGGAGCGCUGACCAAGACGCUCAGCUGAACUACACCAUCCAACAGGACUUCCUGUCCUCCACGUGGGACUGGAUCGGCCUGUACAAGAUGGGAUUUAAAAGUGCAUCAGAUUACGAAACCUUUGUUUGGGUUAGAGAGGUCGAUCUGCCAGAGAUAAAUGAACUUAUACAGCUAUCUAUACAUAAGGAUGAGAUCCCUGCUCUCGGUGGAGAGUAUGUUUUGGGCUACUACAGUACAAACCUGCAAAGCCUCAUUGGCCUUAGUGAUAACUUCCAUAUCCUGGAGUCAAAGUCCGCUGUUGCAGACAACCUUGUUCCUGACAACGUGAAUGGGCUCAACAAACUAGAAUAAAUCGUCUAUUGUGCCACUUUAUUUUCCGUUACCACGCAAAUCCACAGAGAAUUGAUUCAGGCUUGAAAGCACCAAGAUUAACUCAUCAUCCAAUUGAUCGAUGCCAGGUGGAAGACCACUUGGCCUUUAAGUAAUGCUUUUCAGUGUGUACUAAUACACAUGAAGAUACACAUAAAAUUGAAUUUGUUGUUGCAGACUUUUUCCAUUUAUCAUAGUUUAUUGAUAUAAUUGGUAACUGACCAAAUUGUUUACUGGAAGCAGAAGAUACAUUAAAACACAUAUCAAACAACCAAGCAGUGCAGGUUAGAGCAGCCCCUGUCAAAUAGUACCUAGCAAAAGUACACUUUUAUGUACUAGUUUGGUGUAUUUUAGUGCCUUUGCAUUUCAAGCGUAUGAACAAUCUGCCAAUCAUGAGGAAUUGUUGUAGAGAAGAUUCUUUGUUUAUGCAGGCUGUUUUAAUUUGUUGCUUUCAGAAGCGUGUACCUUUAAUGUGAAUGUCUACAGUUUCCUGGACCAUGUAUUGCUUUAAAAUGUGCAAAUGUGUAAUGCUCAAUAAAUCUCAUGAAUAUUG